AUGCUGGCGGCGUUCCUCGCGGCGCUCGUCUUCUUCCAUUCCUCCGAGUUCCUCCUCGCGCUCUGGUCCACCGGCAAACCCGACCUCCGAUCCUUCCUAUUCUCGCGGGAGUAUCUGCUCGCCAUGGCAGCAGCGCUCACUGAAUACGCCCUCGAGACCGCCCUCUUCCCAGCCUUCAAGCGCCGCCUGUGGCCCGUGGCGUGGGUGGGGGGGGCGCUGGUGGUGGCGGGGGAAGUGGUGCGCAAGGCAGCCAUGGUGACGGCGGGGCGGAGCUUCACUCAUGAUAUUCAGACGGAGAAGAGGCGCGAGCACCGAUUGGUCACUCACGGGCUGUACAGGUGGGUGCGGCAUCCAGGCUACACGGGGUGGUUCAUGUGGAGCAUAGCCACGCAGCUGCUGCUCGUCAACCCCCUUUGCACGCUCGCCUUCGCCCUCGUCUCCUGGCGCUUCUUCGCCGUGCGCAUCCCGUGA